AUGAAUCUGGCCGUGAAGCUGCGGAGAAACCUGAGGAGGCUGGUCAUCCUGCUCGCCACUUUCUGCAUGGUCAGCGUCAUAGUCUCCGCCUACUACCUCUACGCGGGCUCGGCGCAGGAGCUGGAGCUGACCGAGCGCGUCCCGGGCGCCGACUGUAACGACCUCCGGGUGCUCCCGUUCCGACCGGCGGAGCCGCGGUUGCCCAGACCCCUUGUGGACCCCUCGCGGAAGGACCCGGUGGUGUUGGUGUUCGUCGAGAGCCAGUACUCCCAGCUGGGGCAGGACAUAAUCGCCAUCCUGGAAUCCAACCAGUUCCGGUAUCAGGCCGAGAUCGCGCCGGGGAAGGGCGACAUCCCGCCACUGACGCACAACGGGCGCGGCCGGUACGCGCUGGUCAUCUACGAGAACGUACUCAAAUACGUAGGCAUGGACGCGUGGAACCGUGAGCUUCUGGACAAGUACUGCGUGGAGUACAGCGUCGGGGUCAUCGCCUUCCACCGGGCUAGCGAGAACUCCCAGCCUGCCCUGCAGCUCAAAGGCUUCCCGCUGACCCUACAAACCAACGUAGCGCUGUGCGACUGCUGCGUCAACCCGCACUCACCUCUGCUCUACGUCACGCGCCCGGAAGUGGACCAAGGACCGCUCCCAGGCGACGACUGGACUACUUUUCGGUCCAAUCACUCCACGUACGAGCCGGUGCUACUGGCAAGACCGCGUCCUAGUCCGGACGGUACCAACGACAGGACGCUCACAGGGUCGCACGCCCUGCAGGCCACGGUGGUGCAGGAUUUGGGGCUGUACGACGGGGUUCAGAGGGUGCUGUUCGGGCAAGGCCUGGGGUACUGGCUGCACAGGCUGAUCCUGGUUGACGCCAUUGCGUACCUUACUGGUAGGAAACUCUCGAGGUCGCUGGAGCGCUACGUUCUGGUGGACAUUGACGACAUCUUCGUGGGGAAGAAAGGGACGCGGAUGAAAGUGGACGACGUAAAGGCUCUUCUUGAAACCCAAAAUUUGCUACGGACUCAAAUCUCCAACUUCACCUUCAACCUGGGCUUCUCCGGCAAGUUCUUCCACACAGGGACCCAGGAGGAGAACGACGGCGACGACCUCCUGCUGAAGUACGUGGGCGAGUUCUGGUGGUUCCCUCACAUGUGGAGUCACAUGCAGCCUCAUCUCUUCCACAACGAGUCCUCGCUGACGGAGCAGAUGGUCCUCAACAAGGAGUUCGCGCUGGAGCACGGGAUCCCCGUGGACAUGGGUUACGCCGUGGCGCCCCAUCACUCGGGCGUGUACCCGGUGCACAUGCAACUGUACGAGGCGUGGAAGCGGGCGUGGGGCAUCCGGGUGACCAGCACGGAGGAGUACCCGCACCUGAAACCCGCCCGCUACCGCAAGGGCUUCGUCCACAACCACAUCAUGGUUCUGCCGCGUCAGACGUGCGGUUUGUUCACCCACACCAUCUUCUACAAGGAAUACCCCGGAGGUCCGAAGGAGCUGGACAGGAGCGUCCGGGGAGGAGAGCUCUUCAUGACCGUCCUGCUGAACCCCAUCAGCAUCUUCAUGACCCACCUGUCCAACUACGGAAAUGAUCGACUGGGCCUCUACACCUUCGUCAACCUGGCCAACUUCCUCAAGUGCUGGACCAACCUGAGACUGCACACGCUGCCGCCGCUGCAGCUCGCCCGGCACUACUUCAGCCUGUACCCGGAACAAAGGCACCCCUUCUGGCAGAACCCGUGUGACGACAAGAGACACAAGGACAUCUGGUCUAAGGAGAAGACCUGCGACAGGCUUCCGAAAUUUUUGGUGGUGGGACCCCAGAAAACUGGCACCACCGCCCUCUACCUCUUUCUCCUGAUGCAUCCGUCCGUCUCCAGCAGCUUCCCCAACUCCAGGACCUUCGAGGAGGUGCAGUUCUUCAACACCAACAGCUACCACAAAGGAAUCGACUGGUACAUGGACUUCUUCCCCGUGCCGUCGAACGUCAGUACGGACUUUCUGUUCGAGAAGAGCGCCAGCUACUUCCCCUCGGAGGAGACGCCCAGACGAGCCGCCAUGCUGCUGCCCAAGGCCAAGAUCCUCACGCUGCUCAUCAACCCGUCCGACAGGGCAUACAGCUGGUACCAGCAUCAGAGGGCCCACGAGGACCAGGCGGCACUGCGGUUUAGCUUCUACGAUGUCAUCUCGGCCGACCAGCAAGCUCCGCCAGAGCUACGAUCCCUGCAGAACCGGUGCCUCGUCCCCGGCCUGUAUGCGACUCAUCUGGAAAGGUGGCUGACCCACUUCCCGCCUGGCCAGCUAAUGAUAAUAGAUGGGCAGCAACUGAGAAAUGAUCCGGCCGCCGUGAUGGACGAGGUGCAGAAAUUUCUGGGCAUCUUUCCGUAUUUCAACUAUUCAGAGGCACUUACGUUCGACCCUCAGAAGGGAUUCUGGUGUCAGCUGCUGGACGGAGGUAGAACCAAGUGUCUGGGCAAGAGUAAAGGUCGCAAGUAUCCUCCCAUGGACGCAGAGUCCCGUCUCUUCCUCUCCCGCUUCUACAAGGACCACAACAUCGAACUCUCCAAGCUCCUCCACAGACUCGGCCAGCCCCUCCCAGCAUGGCUCCGAGAAGAGCUGCAGAAGGUCAGGUAGCAUCGACUCCUCCCACCCCGCCAACCCCCCGGGGGUCGACGGUCAGGGGGAGUGACCGCAAAGACGUGACGCAAGGGUUCACCAAUCUACAAUCGGCGUUGAGCCGUGCAGACUUGAAGUUCAGAUCAAGACGUCCACGACCAACAAGUGUUUUUUGUUUUGCGGCUUAUCAAUAAAAAAGAAGGUUCAGGACAUUCGGACGUACGUGAACCCUGGCAGGCAGACCUCCAGAUCUUGGUCCACCUUAAAACUCUGAACUCUUGCUUGAUCUGAUCUCUGGUGUGGACGGAUCUGGAAAGAGUGAGUCUGGAGUCGUGUGAUUGGCCAAAAGUAUGUAGAUGUCCUUCUUCAAAUGAGCCCUGGGGACAGAAGCACAUACAGGACUGAUGCACCGUAUGGCCGAAAGUAUGUGGACACUUGACCGUGAGCAUCUAAAACAAUGGAAAUUAAGAAGACACCCCUCUCGUCUUCGCAGCUAUACUAGCGUCCACUCUUCUGGGGUUAGGCAUCGGUGAGAUCUGGGAAGGUCGGACUAGAAGGCUGGAGGUGUCUCACCAGUGUCUCACCAGCAAAAUUCCAAUUCGUCCCAAUAAGGUGUUUGAUUGUUGGUGUUCCUUCACACCAAACUAGUCAACGGCAUCUUGUAGGACGACAGACUCUUGGUCUUUGGUUUUGUUCCUCAAAAACUAGCGUGGUCUGUCACUCCGCCACCGUGAGGGUCACUGGCAGGAAGGGGGUACACGGGUUACUGGGAAUUGAGAGCAGCCUGAUUUGGAGGUGGACUCUUGGUGGUGGACUCUCACAGGAGUUCUUAUUUCUAGCAUGUCAUCGAAGGGUUUCGGCAGGAAAACGACCUCCUGGAGGUCCUGCUAACAAGUACGAAGUGGAAUAAAUGUACAGAAAUAUAAAGACAGAUGUAUAUAUGGAUCUGUAUUAAACACUGGAGAUAUGUUUUAGUAA